AUGGUCCUGUUAUAUCUACGUCUCUUCCCGCUCAGAACAUAUCAAAUCAUUCUUUACACCGUCCUGAUCUUCGUCAUCAUCACCGGUCUCUGGAUGGUUUUCGCCUCCUUCUUCAUGUGUAUCCCCAUUCGCGGCGCGUGGGAUAUCUCCAGCCCCCAUAACUGUAUCCCCAAGGAAGCCCUCUGGAGUCUUAACGCUGCCCUUCAGAUAAUCACCGAUAUGACUAUCGUUAUUCUGCCCAUGCCGCUACUGGCUAAGCUCCAAUUACCCAGGAAGCAGAAGAUAGCUCUGAUUCUGGUUUUUGCAUUGGGAACCUUGUUCGUCUACCCUUUCCACUUCCAACACCCACCAUAUCAAACUAACAAUACUUCAUCCAGUGGCUGCGCAGUAAGCAUAGUCCGCCUAACAGCUCUCGUCCAAAUGAUCCAAAGCACAGACCGAACAAGUACAAUCCCCGACACCUCCACCCCCCCAAUACAACCCAAAACACAACCCAAGUUAACUAACAAUAUACCCCAGAACACAACGCCGCAGCCGCAAACUGGUCCUUCAUCGAAAGCAGCGUCGCAAUAA